AUGCCAGCCCGGCACCGUCCCGAUGUACGGGCUGUUCUGGACCAGGAUAACAUCGAUGGUCAUCAAGACAAUUCAAUCUUCAAAUGGCCAUACAUCAACCUCGAGGACUUGCUUCCCAAAGAGUCCCUCCUGCUACUCCUCAACUCUCGGGGCCGCCACCAGCCAGCCGUCUUUGCUCAUUUUGACCUAGCAUCAAUGACUCUAAGAGCGACUUUUCACAAGCUUCCAGAGAUCAUCCUCCAUGGGUGCACCACUUUCUAUGUCAUGUCGAUGUCCGAGCAUUCAAGGCCGAACACUUAUGGACAGCUUGUGGAGUCUAAGUUGGGCACCGCUGAAGAGAUGCAUUGCUUUAAGGAAAAUCCUGACCGAUGCUUCAAUCAGAUCCAAUGCAAGAUGCUGGCUUUUCUCCUGAAUGGCUGCUAUGAAAUCUUGCACGAUAGCCCCAGAGGAGCGCUUGUUGACCCAACACUCCCUACUUUACCAGAACCGGAGCCGAUUAUGGUGAACGAAGCAUAUUACCAAGUUUCCACGAUCGCUGCCGAGACACCAUAUCAAGUACCAACAAGACUCGACACUAGGCGCCUGCUACGUCUCGUUGAAGCAGCAAGACUUGCAGCAGAGGACCACCUCUGGGACAUGCGAGAGGAUCCGAGCUAUUUUGGCAGGUUCAUAACAGAUUGGGCACAGCACGACUCGCGGAAUCAACCACAAUUCCAUGGUCAGAAACCAAACCAGAGUGCGAAGGUCUUCUGGAGCCACACCAUCAUGGUCGAACUGGCGAUUGCACAUCAGAACCUCGUCAGUUGGGAUAUGCUCUACCGCGAAACAAAGGUCCUUAACGACCUGGCCAGUGGCGAACUUGGCUUAUUCAACCGAUCCAAACCACUACCGAAAGGAAUCGAAGGCGCCUGUCUCAAGAUUUUAGCCGCAAUCAAAAUGUUCGCUAUGAUCCUCGUUUGUCGCUUUGUCGGUGCUGCUCGACAACGUCUUCGGAACGUGCCAGGGAAAGUGCAGCGUCUAUCGCCGUCGUUGACGAGGAUGGGAAGCAAUUCUCAGGACCAUCUGGUCACGCUUCUCCGAGUAUUGGGAGCCGGCGAGGAUUAUUGGGUACGGAAGAUGGGACUGCAAAAUCUCAUUGAUGAGUUAAAGCGCCUCCUUGAUCAAGAUACCGAACAGAAAGAGAGACUGUCACCCUACGCCAAGAGCAUCUUUGCGGAGCUCGCGGUGGCAUCGAGAAUGCGUUGCGAGAGCAUGUCUCUUCAUUCUUGGGCCAUGGUCUUUCCAGUCAAACUCGAAGAGGGGGAGUUUUCCGAUGAGAGUUUUCCGAUGACGGUCCCUCCCGAAACAUGA